AUGGACAAUUUAAAGAGCGAGGAGAACACAGGGAACACAGGGCAGUCACACCUGAGCGCCCAGCUUCUGGACGCUGCAGCAUCUGCCAGGCUUGACUCAGACUCAGUUCCUGGAGGAGCACGAGAGGGGACAGAGGAGUCUGGGCCCUGUGCCCCUUUGAUCCUUGCUGGAGGGUGGCUCACUGAGAAGUCUCUGGAGGACUUCAGCAAAACAGUUAAUGAAGAAAUCCCUAGGCCUCAUGGUGGAUCCUGUGAUCCAGUGAGCCCUGCCCCUCCUGCCUUGCUGCAGGGCUGUGUUCAGAGCUGUUCUUCCAGGUCAGCUGCUCGUCCUACCCAGUGCCAGUCCCCUAACCGCUCUGUUCACAGAACUCAGUGGUGUCAGAUGCAGUUGGGAAGCUGGCAUGAGGGGAGGGGCUCUAAUGGAGUCUAUCCAGACACAUACUUGGGGAGUCUAACUCCAUGGAAUCAAACUUUGAGCACUGACUUCAUCCUUGUGGGGCUCUUCAUGGACACCAAGCAUGCGGCUUUGCUCUACACUGUGAUCUUCAUAUUCUUCUUGCUGGCUCUGGCCAGAAGUGCCCUCUUCAGUGUCCUGAUCCACUUGGACCUCCACCUCCACAGGCUCAUGUACUUCCUCCUCAGCCAGCUGUCACUCAUGGACCUCCUAUACAUGCCCGUCACGGUGCCCGAGAUACUUGUGAGCCAGGUCACUGGAGAUCACACAAUUUCCCCCUCGGGCUGUGGGAUCCAGAUAUUCUUCUACCUGACCCAGGCUGGGGCCAAGUUCUUCCACCUGGGAGCCAUGGCCUACGACCAAUACGCUGCCAUUUGCAGACCUCUCCACUACCCACUACUGAUGAGCCCAAGGGUGUGCCUACUGCUGGCGGGCGGGUCCUGGUGUGUAGGGAUACUGGAUGCCCUGUUGAUCACCCUUACGCUAAGCUUCCCCUACUGUCAGUCCAGGAGAAACUUGAGCUUCUUCUGUGAGGUUCCUGUUCUGCUCAAGCUCUCCUGCUCCAACAUCUCCCUCUGCAGCUUGCUCAUGUGCCUGUGCUGCGUGCUCAUGAUCCUGGUCCCCAUCCUGGUCAUCUUGGGCUCCUACACCCUGAUCCUGUGCCUCAUCCAAAGGAUGAACUCAUCCAAGUGUCAUAGCAAGGCCUUGGCCAUCUGCUCCUCUCACAUAAUCAUGGUGGUGCUGUUCUAUGGAGCCACCCUCCAUGCCUACAUCCUUCCCAUCACCUACCACACAGCCUGGCAGGACAUGAUGGUGUCUUCCUUGUAUACCAUCAUCACACCAGUGCUGAACCCUCUCAUCUACAGCCUGUGUAUCAAGGAUGUCAGAGGGGUCCUGCAGAACAUGGUUCAUUCAAGAGCAAGCCUCAGGAGCACUGUAAGAGCGAAAGCUGGGGAAUGA